AUGAUGCGCAUCAUCCUGUCCUUCCUGCUGGGCUGCGCUUCAGCCACCAAGGCUGGCUCAGCGCAUCAGUUCUCGUCCUUAUUGCACCUGCCUAGCCCGAGCCUGUCGGAUGUCGCCGGCAUGCUGGGCAGCCUCGCCCUGGAGGAGGCCGGGGGCAUUGGGGCGCUGCAGCAGAUGCGGAGCCUGAUCGAGACGCUCCUGUCCGAAAUCACCACCCAGCAAAAGCAGGCGCAGGAGGCGCUGGACGAGCAGGCCAGCCUGGAGCACUGCGAGGCAGCCAAAGACGCUGCUUUCCAGAAUGCAACGACGAGCACCAGCACCACCACUCUCACGUCCACCUCCACGGUCACCACAACCACCACGCUGACCACCACAGCCUACGCUCAUCCCGAUCUGGCGGCAUGUCAGGCAGCAGAACAGGAGCUGCUGCGGCGGAACGAAAGCUGCGCAGGGGAGCAGGCGGCCCAGCUCGAGGUGAAGCUGGCGACCUGUGAAGUGUUCCAGGAGGUAGACUUCUCCAGCGCUGCGGCGGCGCGGGCGGCGCGCUGCCGGGAGUCAUUUGUCGGCUCCUACGAGGAUUGGGUGGCGUUCGGAGUUGACAGGCUGUUGGGCCUAAGAAGACCGUGCCGGGUGGCCGCCUUCUUGGCCGCCCUCGCCGUCGGCAAGGGCGGGGGCCUCGCUGGCCUCAGCUUCGCCAUGGCCAAGCGGGCGAUGCCGCAGCCGCUGGUGUUCGUGACGGGCAACGCCAAGAAGCUGGAGGAGGUGAGGCAAAUUCUGUCCGCCGGAUCGGAGGAGCUGCCUUUUGACGUCACCUCCCAAAAGGUGGACCUCCCGGAGCUCCAGGGGGCCACGGCGGAGGAGAUCGCCAAGGAGAAGUGCAAGCUGGCGGCGGAGCACGUGAAGGGCCCGGUGAUGUGCGAGGAUACGUCCUUGUGCUACCACGCCCUCAAGGGUCUCCCAGGUCCCUACAUCAAGUGGUUCCUGGAGAAGUUGGGCCACGACGGCCUAAACAAGCUGCUGGCAGGAUACGAAGACAAGUCGGCCUAUGCCCAGUGUGUCUUCACGCUCUGCGCCGGGCCGGGCAAAGAGGUCCGGGUCUUUGACGGCCGCACGGAGGGCAGAAUUGUGGAGGCGCGAGGGCCCAAAGACUUUGGCUGGGACCCGGUCUUCGAGCCCCUGGAGGGGGGCGGUGGGACCUUUGCGGAGAUGAGCAAGGAGGCCAAGAACAAAAUCUCUCACCGGGGGCGCGCCCUGGAACUGCUCCGCGCCUGGCUAAUUCAGAACGCCGAGACCUUUGCCAAGGAGUCAGAAGUCUGA